AUGGCACCUCUGAAGAAAUAUAUUUGUGCAUUUUGUGCUAGAGCAUUCACCAGAUCAGAACAUAAGCAACGACAUGAAAGAUCACAUACUAAUGAAAAACCAUUUCAUUGUUUAUAUUGUACAUCAUCAUUCGUAAGGAGAGAUUUAUUACAAAGGCAUUGUAGAACAGUUCAUAAUUCAAGUUUGAAUCCUAAAACAUUACCAACUAAUAAAUCAUUGAAUAAUCCAACUAUAAAUGGUUUUAAUAUUGAAAUUGACCAACCUAAUGAAAUUAAUACUGAUACUCCCGAAACUAUUGAUUCAAUUCCAAUGACACCAUCAAAUUCAAUAAAUUCAGAAAUUGUUAAAAAAAGGAGAAAGAGUUCUCAGGAUUCAACAAAUGAUACAUCUCAUGAUAUUUUGCAUUUACUAUCAAUUACUAAAAAAUUGGACAAUUUAUUGAUGGACUAUGAUUAUACUAAUAUUGAUAAGUCAACAAUAAGUGAUCAUUUCUUAAUCGGGUAUAUAAAUUUAUUGAAUAAAUCUAAGAAUGAGUAUUUGGCGUUUGAUAAAAUUUUGAAAGAUUUGAUAUAUUACCUUAAUACAUUUUAUAUAAAUCAACCACCACAAAAUCUAGAAACAGGUACUACAUCACCAUUAAUUAACGAUUUUAGAAUUGGAUUGUUAUAUUCCACUAUCUCACUUGGUUUUAUUUUGAAUAAGCAAGAAUAUGAAGCAAUUUCGUAUUUCAAAAAAAGUUGGAAUUUAUUAAUCAAAAAAUUGAUACCACAGUAUAAUAAUAAUAACAACCUAUUGGAUCAAAUCGAAAUAAUGAAUAACUUGUUUUUAUUAAGUUACAUAUAUAUAAACUACAAUCUUGAAACUUACAAUUUUUCAACUGACACUAAUGAAGAAAUAUAUUUGAAUAAUCAAGUCAUAUUGAAUUAUCUUAAUGAUAUAAGUUUUAUAAUAAUAUCAAAUCUAAAGGAUUUGAAGAUCAAUGAUAAUUUAAUAGAUAAGAAUUUGUAUUUAUUUUGGGGGAUUUACAUAAUAUUAUCAAACAAUUUAAAUGAUGAACCACCAAAAAUUUAUGAAUUUAUAUUGACCAAACCAAUUAACAAGACUAAUAAUAAUAAUGAGUCAUUAAGAUCCUUAAUGAUUAAAUUUUCAAAAUCAUUUGUUAACCUAAAUAAUGAAAAUUCAAAUGAGAAUAAUGAUUUAAAUUUAAGAUUGAUUAUCAUAUCGACAUUAUCUAAUGAAUUGAAAUUAUUUAAUCAAUCGAAAUUAAACAUAUAUGAAUCAAAAAAUUGUCUUCAUAAUUCAGUAAUACUAAUAAACAAAUCCAUUAAUCAUGCAUCUAAAUAUUCAAAUGAUGAAGAUUUAUUCAAAUUAUUUAAAAAGACUUUAAUCAUUAACUCAAAUGUCAAGUUUCAUGAGUUAUUGAACAGCUAUAAUUUCAUACCUUCACAUUAUCUAAAUUGGAAUUUGUUAUAUUUAACAUUGAAAGAAUUAAAUUUGAUCAACAACUUAAACAUACAUCAAGAAAUAAUGAAAAAAAAUGUAAAUAGUCUUUUUGAGAUUGAAUUGAAGAAUUUUUUGAACUAUAAAAUCAAUAUUAGCAAUAUAAACAACAAUCUCCUCAUUGUCACUAUUCCAAUUAUAUUCUUAUCAAAUUAUUUAAACUUAAAUUUCAUUGAGAAUUCAGUAUCAACUUUCAAUUAUUUAGAAUUGAUGAAUAUUAAUGUGUUUAUAAUGGAGUGGUAUAUCAUAACUUACAAAAUAUUGAUUAUAAUAUUUAAAGAAGAUUCAGUAAUUGAAGAUAAUUAUAUACUCCAAAUAAUCAUCUAUCUAUUAAAUAAACAAUCUUUGGAACUUGAAAUAAAUAAUAAGAAUUUUAACAAUUUCAAAUUGAAAAUAGAUUUGAUUAUGAAUAAUUGGAUCAAUUAUUUUAAAAAGUUCAACUUUGAAGAAUUUAAUAAUAAGUUAGAUAACUUUGUUUCAAAGUUAAAUUGCAUCUUGAAAAUAGAAGAAGAAGUAUCUACAUCAAGUUCUGUAAUGAUGCAAUCAUCAUCAAUUUCAAACAAUUCCAAUAUAUUAAGUACUUCUAAUUUGGAUGAAUUUAGAAGAAACUCAGUAAAUUAUAAUUUAUAUAUUCCACCAAAUCAACCCCCAAUUUUAUCAUCAAGUACUUCAUUAAAUCUAUCAAAUUCGAAUAAUACAAUAAUUAGUAAUAAUGGACAACAACAACAACAUUUUCAACAAGCAAAUCAACAAGGAUCUCCACAAUUACAAUUACAAUCAUAUCAACAAAAUCCACAAUUGAAUCAAUUUCAACAGCCUAAUUUACAACAUCAAGUUCCAAAUCAUCAGGUUUAUAAUUUACCUCCGUUGACUGAAAAAUUAAAAGAAACAAUUUAA